GGCGGCCGGUGAUGUUGAGUGCCGGAAUCUGUAUGUGGGGCAUGGUCUGUGGACAGUUCGUCUACUCCACGACGGGUCCAGCCAGCUUUCCAACACGCAGUGGCGUAACCAGCCCGAAUACUCUGUCCUUCUUGGCUUCAGUGGCUCGCCUGACGUGUGUUGCUCGAAACAGACCAUGCCUUCAUACAUUGUUGCAAGAGGGGCGAGCACAUGAUACAUCUCAGCCCAGGGGGCGGCUUUAAAAGUUACCUGCAGGAAACCGGACAUCCAUUCGGCCGCUUGGUGGGACUGGUGCAAGUUGGGUCUGUUGCAACUACAGAGAGACUUCGCCUUGGUGGGACUAGUACAAGUUGGGUCUGUUAGAACUACCGAGAGACCUCGCCUUGCUCGGGCUAGUGCAAGUUGGGUUGAGUUAGAACCACCGGGAGACCUCGCCACCAUGUCCCAGUUCGGUUACAGGAAAGAGCUGGAGAAGUACGAGGACAUAGACGAGGAUGAAAUCCUUGCCUCCCUGACCUCAGACGAGUUGAAUGAGUUAGAGAGGGAGCUGGACAACAUCGACCCCAACCAGUAUGUUCCCAUUGGGCUGAGGCAGAAAGACCAAACGGACAAAACCCCACAAGGGACCUUCAGCAGAGAGGCACUGAUGGCAUACUGGGAACACGAGACUCAGAAACUACUGGAGAACGAGCGACUUUGUGCCGAGCCAGGCCAGGCAGAAACCAGUGAAGCCAGCAAAGGAGAUGAUGAAGAUGACACUGAAACUGAAAGUGACAAUGACGAGUUAGGGAAUGAUCUGGACACUGAAGAAGAUACAUCGGAAACAACGAGUGAUGAAGAUGAUAUUGUAACGGAGGAGGAGGAGGAGGAGGAGGAAGAGGAGGAGGGAGAGGAAGGGAAGCAGAACGCACAAGAAAUCGUUGCUACCAGAUCAACGAGCAGCAUUGGACAGGUUGGAUCACAAAGAUACAACGGGCAUAUCGAUAACCAGCCUGUGAUGAAUGGCUUCAACAAAGAAAAAAUCACGGAAGAUCAUCCAAAUCACAAAGUGGGCUCAAGCCUAACAGAAGAUGAUCCCAGUCUCAAAGCUAACAGCCCCCAAAAUGGCAACACAACUGUUGUUGAAGAUGCUCUCGAGAGUAUCCGAAAUAAUGACGCUGACAAAACAGACAUCAACCUGAAUAACAUGGACAAUAUAAACUCCGAGACCUUCAAACAUAUCGCAGAAGCACUGAAGCACAAUACAGCCGUUAAAAACGUUAGCUUGGCCAACACCCAUGCAGAUGACCAUGUGGCUUGCGCAAUGGCGGAUAUGCUACAAGUUAAUAGGACAAUCACAAACCUAAAUAUGGAUUCCAACUAUAUCACGGGCAAGGGGAUCUUGGCCCUCAUAAAAGCCAUACAGCACAAUGGCAUAUUAGCAGAACUUCGAUUCCACAAUCAAAGACACAUUUGCGGAGGGCAGGUUGAAAUGCAAAUCGCCAACCUUUUGAAAGAGAACACAACUCUUGUGAAAUUGGGCUACCACUUUGACCUACCUGGUCCACGAAUGACAAUGACCAGUGUCCUAACCAGGAAUCUGGAUAAACAAAGGCAAAAACGCCUCCAGGACCAAAAGCAGCAGCAGGAACUGGACAGACGUCUUGGUCUUGAGGGGCCAGCGAACCCAAGGACAAGUGCUCUGCAGAAGGACUCGCCCAGAUCCUCCCCCCGCCCAUCUCCCAAGAGCUCUCCUUGGUCAUCUCCCAAAGUGGCCAAGAAGGUCCUUUGCCUGAACCUCGGCACUCCUCCUCCACCACCCCCGCCACCUCUCCCGGAGAAGCUGGCUCUUCCCGCCCCGCCACCACCUCCUCCGCUCCCGGUGCAGCUCGCCCCGAGCAGGAACAUUGCCGAAGCCAUCAAGCUGCAAGAGCUGAAGCUAAACAACGUCCAUCAAAACUGUAAAGUCAGGAAAAGCAAGAGUGCCAAGAAGAAGCAUCACAGGGAAAACAACCUGCUGAGACAGCUCAAAAACUCUCUCAAACCAAUUUCGGACCAAAGAUUGGAGAUCGGAUCAAGACCAGCGACCCCCCAGAGAACAUUACACGAUGAUCUAAUGUCAGCAAUCCGGUCAAGCAACGUAAAACAGCUAAGAUCAGUUGAUAUUCCAGAAUAUCUUCGAUGAAUAAACAAGAUGUAUUUUCAGCAACAAGCAAUGAUGCUCUUCAAGAACAGCUCCUGAAAAUGUGAAAACAACUGCAACGAUGGAACAAAAACCAGCACCAAUCUCCUCGGAGGUUCAGUAGAGCAUUGUGUACACUUUCAAGCUCACAACUCCAUUAGAGCUGAGUAUUCUAACGUGUGAAGUGGCCCAUGAUGUUUUUCGUUUUGUUUAGUUGUAGUCAAAGGGACGCAAUGCGUCUUAACGAGAAAAUGAUUAUCGGAAAGUAAAUGUAUUUAUAUGUAAAUAUGUCGACAGAUGUAUUUUGUAUUUGAGUAGGAUGAUUUGCAAAUUUUGUAGUACGUUGAAUGGAGACAACUAUGCUUGGCAACGAUUGAGACGCAAGCAGAGUAACGGUUAUCAUUGUAAUCGGUGCAGGGAAGAUUCACGAGGAUGCUGCCAGGACUUGAGGGCCCGAGCUGUAGAGAGAGGAGAGGUAGGCGAGGACGCUAUUCCUUGGAGUCCAAGAGAAUGAGGGGAGAUCUGACAGCAAUGUAUAAGAUCAUGAGCGGAAUAGAUAAGGUAGACACACAGAGUCUUUCACCCAGAAUAGGAGAACCAAUAACCAGAGGACUUUGGUUUAAUAGGAUUAUAAAUAAACUAUUUAAAAAGAUUUAAUACGAAGCCGAGGGGCAACUUUUUCACACAGAGGGUGGUGGGUAUAUGGGAUGAGCUGCCAGAGGAGAUGAUUGAGGGAGGUACUAUCACAACAUUGAAAAGACAUUUGGACGGGAACAUAGAUAGGAAAUGUUUAGAGGGAUAUGGGCCAAACAUGGACAGGUGAGAUUAGUGAAGAUGGGUCUAUGUACAUUGGUUGUCAUGUGCGAGCAGGGCUGAAGGGCCUGUUUACUAAUGAGCCUGUCCCACUUACGCGAUUAUUUUCGGCAACUUGCCGGCACCCGUCAUAGUCGCAGCAGGUUGCCGAAAAUUUUCAACAUGUUGAAAAUCCAGCAGCGACCAGAACAAGGUACGGCUCUUUAGGCGACUACUCACGAUCAUACAGGCUUCACCCCCGCAACAUGUCGCCAGGGUGUCGCCUGUAUGGUCGUGAGUAGUCUCCUUAGUCGCCCAAAGAGUCGUAACGUCUUUCUGGUCGCCGCUGAAUUUGCAACAUGUUGAACAUUUUUGGCAACGUACAACGACCUAUGACGGGUGCCGGCAGUCACCGAAAAAGUUGCGUAAGUGGGACAGGCCCUUUAGUCUUCGACUCAAUGAUGUUUAACUGUUAAAACUUUCAAUACUCAAGUUCAAGUUCGAGUUUAUUGUCACAUGCACCCAUGGAGGUACAGUGAUAUUUGAGUUACAGUGAUACUGUUACAUAAGUAGUUUUUCUUCUAGUGUCUGCAACAUAUCCUUUGGAAUAUAUGAUUUAAAAUGUGUUUUCAUGCCUUUCAUAAAUAUGUAGUUGGAAAUAAAUGUGUCUUGGAAUAAUGCCUUGGAAGUGCAGCGUCUUUCAGUU